GGUACUUUUGAAUCAUCCUUCACCACCCCAUAAGCUGCAACCAUGAAGUAUAUAGCAUUAAUAUCUCUUAUUUUUCUCUUCACUUUUGCUGCAUCCAAGGAUCUGAAAAGAUUUGCUCGAGAGGCAGAACACAAAAGCGAGAUAGCCCACCGUUUCAACAACUUAAAGGAAGAGAAUUUUGAAUCAGUUACCCUGAUCACAUUUGCUCAGUACCUCCAGAAGUGCUCCUAUGAAUCCUUAAAUAAACUGGUGAAGGUUGUUGUCGAUCUUGCACAUACCUGUGUUGCCAAUGAGGAUGCACCGGGAUGCACAAAAUCAGUGCCUGCUAUUUUCUUGGAUGAGAUCUGCCAAAUACAAACGCUUCAUGAUUCAUAUGGGGAGAUGGCUGACUGUUGCACUAAAGCUGACCCUGAAAGAAACCAGUGCUUUCUGUCAUUCAGAACAGCCUACCCAACAUUCAUUAAACCAUUUGAAAAACCAGAACCUGAGGCAGUGUGCAGAGAAUUUCAUGAGGACAAGAAGUCAUUCCUGGGACACUACAUCUAUAGGGUUGCAAGAAGAUUUCCUUUUGUUUAUGCCCCUACAAUUCUUGCCUUGUCUAUUGACUAUGAGCAUGCAGUUGAAACCUGUUGUGCAAGAACUGACAUUGGUGCUUGUUUGGAUGAAAAGGUCACUGCCCUAAAGGACAGAGCCAGACAAAUUGACAAGAUACACACAUAUAAUUGCAGAGUCUUGAAGACGUUUGGAAAGAGAAUUUUCAAGGCAGACACUCUUGCUUUGAUUAGCCAAAAAUAUCCAAAGGCUCCAUUUACAGAGAUUUGCAAAACAGCAGAGGAUAUUUCUGAUGAACACAAGGAAUGUUGUGAUGGUGACAUGGUAGAGUGCAUGGAUGACCGGGCACAAAUUGUGGAACAUAUCUGUUCCAACCAAGAGGUCUUCUCUAGUAAAAUCAGAGAAUGCUGUGAGAAGCCACUGGUGGAGAAGUGUCAGUGUGUUGUUCAAGCAGAAUUUGAUGACAAACCUGCAGACUUGCCUCCAAUAGCCGAGAAAUACAUACAAGAUCCAGAUGUGUGCAAACACUUUGAGGAAGAGCACAAAAAGUUUAUGGGAGAGUUUCUCUAUGACUAUUCAAGAAGGCACCAAGAGUUCUCUACUCUGAUGCUUCUGAGGAUUGCUAAGCAAUAUGAAGACCUCCUGAAAAAGUGUUGCAAAACUGAAGACUCUUCUCAAUGUUAUGGAAAAGCGGAAGAAGAAUUUCAAAAUCACAUCCAAGAGACUGAAAACCUUGUAAAGGCAAACUGUGACCUUCUUAAAGAAGGAGAAUUUGAAUUCCUAAAAGUGGUUCUUAUCCGCUACACCAAGAAAAUGCCUCAGGUAUCAACAGAAACAAUGCUUGAAGUCGCAAAGAAAAUGAUAUUAAUUGGUGUCAAAUGCUGCCAGGAACCUGAAAACAGACAUAUAGCUUGUGGUGAGGGAUAUCUGGACAUGCUGUUACAAGAAAUGUGUGAGAGACAGAAGGCUGUACCUGUAAAUGAUCAAGUUGCCCACUGCUGUAGUGCCUCCUAUGCUAACAGGAGACCAUGCUUUACCAAACUGGGCGUGGAUGAAAACUAUGUGCCUCCCCCAUUCAACCCAGCCAUGUUUGACUUUGGUGAGAACUUAUGCAGUGCUCCUCUUGCAACACAACAAGAAAUCCAGCUUAAAUUGCUUGUCAACCUCAUUAAACGCAAGCCCAGUAUGACUGAUGAACAACUGGGAAAAAUCAUUGCAGGUUUUAUAGAAAUGGUAGAUAAGUGCUGCAAGAAAGAAGACCAUGAUACCUGCUUUGGUGAAGAGGGCGCAACCCUCAUUGUUGAAAGUAGAGCUACCCUAGGAAUUGGAGUCUAAAGUAUGGCAGAUUGCCAGCAGGGAAGACAACAAAUAAAUUCUUCUGUUCAUCUUCUCGUGCACUUUGUUUUUAUCUUGGUAAUGGCCAAUGGUUUAAAAUUCUGUUUAAAUUGAUGUAUAACAUUUUG